AUGCACCCAAACUCAGAGGUUUACGGGGACCCUCUUGUUCACCCCCAGCCAGAGAAUUACUGGGGAAACGUUAACCCAUUCGGUCCACGCUCAUGCUACGAUGAAGGGAAGCGAGUUGCAGAAGCCCUGUGUUUUGCUUAUCGCGAACAGCAUGGGGUAGAUAUUCGCAUUGCACGCAUUUUCAAUACAUACGGACCCCGCAUGAGCAGCAGCGACGGACGGGUGGUGUCCAACUUUAUUGCUGCAGCCUUGGCCGGGGAAGAUCUGAAGAUCACUGGCGACGGCUCUGCUACUCGAUCAUUUCAGUAUGUCACCGAUUGUCUCGCCGGACUUUACACCUUGAUGAACAAUGAUUACGCCGAGGGUCCUGUGAAUAUCGGGAACGAGGGGGAAUUCACGAUUCAGCAACUGGCUGAAAUUGUCAAUGAGCUUGUCUCGGAAAUCACAGGGCAUGCUAAGGUACAAAUUACCUAUCAUCCAAAGGUUGCAGAUGAUCCGACUUUGCGUCGACCACAGACAUCGUUGGCUGAGAGGGUGCUUCACUGGACGCCGAGGGUUCAGUUGAGAGAGGGGCUGCGGAAAACGAUCGAGUGGCAUAUUAGUCAAGGCAAUGUCAAGGGGGGGCGGCUGAAUAUUCCUCAAUGA